AGAGAUGGCGGCCGGCGCAGGUAGAUCGCUGCUGCUGCUUCUCUGCUCCCGGGGCGGCGGCAGCUGCGGGGCGCUGACUGCCGGCUGCUUCCCCGGGCUGGGCGUUAGCCGCCCCCGGCAGCAGCACCACCACCGGACGGUGCACCAGAGGCUGUCUUCUUGGCAGAAUUUGGGAGUUGUUUAUUGCAGCACUGUUGUGCCCUCUGAUGAUGUGACAGUGGUCUACCAGAAUGGUUUACCUGUGAUAUCUGUGAGGCUACCAUCUCGGCGUGAACGCUGCCAAUUCACACUCAAACCUAUCUCAGACUCUGUUGGUGUGUUUUUACGACAACUGCAAGAAGAGGAUCGGGGAAUUGACAGAGUUGCUAUCUAUUCUCCAGAUGGAGUUCGAGUUGCUGCCUCAACAGGGAUAGACCUUCUCCUCCUUGAUGACUUUAAGCUGGUCAUUAAUGACUUAACAUAUCACGUACGACCACCAAAGAGAGACCUCUUAAGCCAUGAAAACGCAGCAACACUGAAUGAUGUAAAGACCCUGGUGCAGCAACUGUACACCACACUGUGCAUUGAGCAGCACCAGCUAAACAAGGAAAGGGAACUUAUUGAGAGAUUAGAGGAUCUUAAAGAGCAACUGGCGCCCCUGGAGAAGGUACGAAUUGAGAUUAGCAGAAAAGCUGAGAAGAGGACCACUUUGGUGCUAUGGGGUGGACUUGCCUACAUGGCAACACAGUUUGGCAUUUUGGCCCGGCUUACCUGGUGGGAAUAUUCCUGGGACAUCAUGGAGCCAGUCACCUAUUUUAUCACUUAUGGGAGUGCUAUGGCAAUGUAUGCAUAUUUUGUAAUGACACGCCAGGAAUAUGUUUAUCCAGAAGCCAGAGACAGACAAUACUUAUUAUUUUUCCAUAAAGGAGCCAAAAAAUCACGGUUUGACUUAGAGAAAUACAAUCAACUCAAGGAUGCAAUUGCUCAGGCAGAAAUGGACCUUAAGAGACUGAGAGACCCAUUACAAGUACAUCUGCCCCUCCGACAAAUUGGUGAAAAAGAUUGAUCUUCAAUGAACCUCUGAAUCCCAACUGAAAGAACACCUGUUUAUAACUAUUGCCUUUUUAAUUAAAGCAGUACAGGUGAAAGCUGGGAGCCAUGUCAGGGUAGAGGGUUUUUACCUUUCAUUAAAAAUCAAAAACAAAAGGGAUUUAGGGGGAAAGGAAUGUUAAAAUCUGAGGAUCACACUUUGUGGAAUAUAAGCUCAAAGGGCUUAGCGAAUAUUGUCUUAAUCAAGCAUCUCAGUUUCUGGAUGAAAAUGAUGCAGUCGUAUAGAUGAGAGAUUCAUAAAGAGAAAAUUAUGCUGGGGGGCGGGAAGUGUUCAUUUCUUGCAUCUUCUUUGCAGGGUCAGCAGAACAAUAACACACCAGCACCCAGUCAGCUCCAAUGUGUUUUUUAAUUUGACUUUCUUAUUUUUGACGUAGGCAUAUAUACCAGAAAAGCAAAUCCUCAAGAUAUAUGGGUGGCAAACAGAAUCUGAGUCCACUAGCAUUUAUUUUAGAUUGGGCCCAGUCUCUGCAAAGUUACCUGGAAUCUCUCUUACCUGUACCCCUUUUCUGACCACCCAUACCUGUUGCUUAUACUAAUUUUAUCCAUAUGAUAAUUGGAACCAAUAUAUGACUCUUUGAUAAUUAGCCCUUUGGAUUAUCCCUAAGACCUUCUUACAUGUCUAUAUAUUUCAGUGCUCUGGAUCAGUGUCUAGAAAUCAUUGGCAACACUGCAUGAGUUUUUUGCUUUGUUUUGUUUUUACUAAUAAGUUUUUAAUAGAAUAAAAAAUAUCCCUCCUUUAUUUACCUAUCCCACUGAUAUUCCUCUGUCCCUCCACAGCUCAAAUCAGAGGGGGAGUGUUCAGCUUUAUUACCAAAUCAGGAAGACGUAAGGUUUACAAAUUGGCUAAAAAUCAUGGCUCUAUAGCCAUUUUCAAACCAAAAUAAUUUAAUUGCUGUUAAUCUGCUUGUGUGACAGCAUUCUAGGCCACCAGGAUAGCACUACCUGGUCUGGAGGCUUUGUUCAUCUCAAAGGACACACACUCCACACUGUUUGUGAGCCGACACACACUGCACACUGUCUGUGAGCCAACACACACUCCAUACUGUUUGUGAGCCCUCCCCCGCUCCACAACUUCAAUUGCUAUAAAUCAAGUGUGUAUAUCUCAAAGGGUGCAACUUCUCUUUAUACAGGAAUACAUUUCUAUGGCUUCCUUCAGCCUAUGCUCUUCACCCUGUUUUUUCUUAUCUUAAAAUGAGAGAAAUAAGAAUUAAUCUUAUACUCUAUCUAUCAAAAUGUUUUCUACCAUAUUUCCAGAUGACAUCUGCAUUUGAAAAGUCAAAGGAAUCUGUGUCUAAUAUCCUGUUUUUAAAUAUUGUGGGGGCAGGAUGGAAAGGAUGAUGGGGCUUGCCACACAGCUGAUUGGCUUCUUUCUUUCACAUGAUUCAUCGCUCCCUAUAAUGGCAAGGGAUUUCUCUUUUUCCUCCUCCUUGGGGAUCAUUGUAUAUGGAAAGAAAAACUUUAAAUGACAAACCCAGACUCCAGGUGCCUUGCAGAGGUUGAAGGCCAACCAGGAUUGCUGCUGCUGCUGCUGCUGCUGCUGCUGUUCCUGCACCCCUUUCACUGGCAUGAUGAAAUGAAAGGAUGCAUGUUUCCACUUCCCAACCCCUCCUCCCACUUCCUUCCCUCACCGGCCCCACAGUCAUUCAACCCCUUCCCUCAUUUAUUUUUGUUAAGUUGUGUGAAUUAUUUUUAAACAUUUAUCCUGUUUGUGUAGGGUUUUAAUAAGAAACAGCACAGUGCAAUGAGCAAAUCCUUUUGGGGUGUGUGGGAGGCAAGGGAGGGUGAAAAGUCCUUUAAACAAAUAACAAAAUACUGAACAUGUGUAAAAUCCUGUAUCAUUUAUGAAAUAUGUAAAAAAAGCAAUGUACCUUCUGGAACAAUAAAUACUUAUU